UACUGGUUGGUAGAAAACGAAUUGUACAGCAGUGGAGAGAACGAAGAAGGAAACACUUGUAACCGUCCUGGUGUUUAUCAGAGUGAAUGCCGUUUUGUCUUUUAACAUGGUUAAGUAGACCAACUUUGGUGUUUCCAUCGUACUGAAUCUACUAUGAGAGCGUUGUUCUGAGGCGCUUGCUCCGGACCCGAGUCGAAGUUUGGAAGUUCAUCAAGCCAUUAGCGACACCACCGGGUUUUCCUCUACAUCGAACCCAGUCAACAAAGACAGAGAAGAUGGUGUCCUGGAUGAUUUCGAGAAGUGUUGUACUCGUGUUUGGAACCCUGUAUCCUGCAUACUACUCGUACAAGGCUGUCAAAACCAAAAAUGUCAAGGAAUACGUCCGCUGGAUGAUGUACUGGAUUGUGUUUGCCCUCUACACUGUAGUGGAGACCGUCACUGAUCUGACAUUGGCAUGGUUUCCUCUGUACUAUGAGCUAAAAAUAGCUUUUGUGAUCUGGCUGCUGUCGCCCUACACAAGAGGAGCCAGUCUCAUUUACAGGAAGUGCCUGCACCCGCUGCUGUCCUCCAGGGAGAGGGAAAUAGAUGACUACAUUGUCCAAGCCAGGGAGAGGAGCUAUGAGACCAUGGUGAAUUUUGGCAAACAAGGGCUCAGCAUUGCUGCCACUGCAGCGGUCUCAGCUGCUGUCAAGGGUCAGGGAGCUAUCACGGAGAAGCUACGUAGCCUGAGCAUGCAUGACCUGACUCAGAUCAGUCAGCAGGAUGACAGAGGAGGGAACCAGCUGUAUCAGUACAGCUCUCACUCAUCCAACCCAGCUGUCAGGAGGUCUCAGAACACCAACGUUGCUGAUGAAGCGGGAGAGUACUACUAUGACCAGGACGACCAGUCAGAUGAAGAGACGGAGCCUAUCUUCUCUGAGGACGAGGCUGUCACCCAAAAAGGGCUGAGACGAUCACAGAGUGUCAAGAUUACGAGAUCCAGAGUUCGCAAGGAUGCUCGCUAUGGAUCCUUGAAGAUAAAAGGCAAGAAGCGACCGGCUCUGAGCGCAGUCAACUACGGAGUGUGAACAGACUCCUGCAGACACACUGCUUCAACGGCAACUGAUUUUCCUCUGCUCACUCCGUUUUUAAUGAGCUUUCUGUUGACAUUCAUGAGCUAAUCUAUCCAAAAGCAGUGACUGUCUGAGAUUAACUCUUGUUCAUCUUCGGAUGAACGGCUGACAAGACUGUUUUGGCAUGUGUGUGUGCGUUUUUACUUAAAAUAUGUGGUUUGGUGUGAUGUUUCAAAUGUGUGAGGUCUUUUCUCAUGUUUUCCUUUGAGUUUGUGUUUGACUUUUGUGAUGUGUACAAAUGUGCAAGGAUAGGGGAAGAAUUUUGAACGCUAGGUUUUAACCAAAUGGUGUAUUAUUUGUAUUAUUAUUACCUGGGGGAUUUACACAUUCCUAUCUUCAGCACAAGAAGCAGUUACUCGUCUUUAUUUCAACUUUUCUCUGUUUGCUUUUUUAUCACCAGCUACGCCUCCAAACAUUCCUCGCUGAGAGGAUGUUCUUUGAUUCCAACGUCCAAGUAAAGUCAUAAAUAUUUAGUCAUGAGGAGAAGAUACAGGUGAACUUUUAGGCUAAUGUCAUUCCUGCACUAAAAAAGUAUCUGUGGCAAUGAAGUGGUCGCGGCCUGCUCUGGUUUUCAGAAAGACAAAUGGACCAUGAUACCAAAGAGGUGGCUAAUUGGUGCGGAGGGCAAAGUAUAUAAACCCUGCAAGCCUUAUGGCACCACUGUGGCCCCUCCCUCGGCCAUUGUAUUGACAAAUAAUGAUGGAGUCUCCUCUCUGCUGGUCACUGCUGGGCUCUGAGGGAACCACUUUCCCACCACAGCAGAGUUGGGCACAGUGAAAGAGAUGACAUGAACCAAAAUCAUGAUUCCCCCAGUUGUCACAUUGAAUUUUGUUCUUCCUUUUUAAUAACCUUUUUUUAUACGUGUAUUUGUGGUUGUUUUUUUUUUAAUUGUGGUGUCACCUGUCUUUACAGGAUUUUGAAAUUGUAACCACCUGUUGUUGCAGAUGUGUUUUCCUCAUCUCAUCGCUGCUGUGUUUGGAGUUAGUUUACCCGCCGAUUGAAAUCGACAGUAUAACCUGGCUGUUUGGUCCGCCACUCCCCUGCGGCACUGAGUCAGCAGUAUUUUUUGUUCUCAUCUGUGUCGGAGUGAAACAGAUGGUGGCCCCUUUAUAUGAGCAGACUAUCAGAAGACAUCUUGAACCCAGAGCCAUUGUCCUUUAAUACUCAAUGGUCUACCGUACAAACAGUAUGCCUCAGAACCAUCAUGUUGACAUUUUCUCCCUGCUGUCACUCGCCUCCAUCCCCUUUAGGUGUCAGCGCUCAUGGUUGAUGUGCUCAGGUUCUUCUCAUGUCACUCUUCACUGAGUUAAGUGAGGUACAACAGCAAGCCACGUGUCAUGAUGACGCGCAAAAGCUUCCAAUUACUGACAAAAGCUUUGUGUGCUCACUUGAGUAUCUAACUGGUUUGUAGAUGUGUGGAGGUGUAAUAUGGAUUACUGGAUUGUGAUGCAAUAAAGAUGUCCCACUGGUAGUGA